AUGGAGUUCUCCGAGCUGAUCAAGACGGCCACGGUGGAGAACGUGCUGCUGUCGUGUGCGGGGCUGCCCGCGGUGAAGGGCACUCUGUGCAUCACCAGCCACCACCUGCUCCUCUCCUCCCGCCCUGGUGGGGACUGCCAGCCUGGCACCGUGGAGCUCUGGCUGCUCAUCCGCAACGUGGACGCCGUGGAGAAGAGGUUGUCCGGUUCCUCUGGCACCAUCACGCUCCGGUGCAAAGACCUGAAGGUGCUGCAGCUGGAGAUCCCUGGCAUGGAGGAAUGCCUCAACAUUGCCAGCUCCAUCGAGGCCCUCUCCUCGGUGGACUCGGUGAUGAUGAUGUACCCCUUCUUCUACAGACCCCAGAGCCUGAAGCUCGAGGAGGGCUGGCACCUUCACCCCCUCGAGCAGUACUUCCAGCAGAUCGCCUCCCAGACGAGCCAGUGGCGGCUGAGCGACGUGAACCAGGAUUUCACCACCUGCCCCACCUACCCUGGCACCCUCAUCGUGCCAGCAGCGGUGGGCGACGAUACCCUGCGGAGGGCUGCGCGGUUCCGGCAGGGUGGGCGGUUCCCUGUCCUCAGCUAUUACCACCCCAAAAACGGCACCGCGAUGCUCCGCAGCAGCCAGCCCCUGACCGGCCCCAACCGAAGGCGGUGCCGUGAGGACGAGCUGCUGCUGGGGACGGUCCUGGAUGAGGGGGAACAGGGCUUCAUCAUCGACACGAGGUCAGCCCAGGCUGCCAAGCAGGCUCGGAUGACAGGGGGAGGCACGGAGCCCAAGUCCUUCUACCCGCAGUGGAGGAGGCUGCACAGACCCCUGGAGAGAGGCCGCCCGCUGCAGGAGAGCUUUAUCAAGCUGGUGGAAGCCUGCAGUGACAGCUCCAUCAGCAUGGACCGCUGGCUGAGCCGGCUGGAGAGCUGCCGCUGGCUGAGCCAUGUCAAAGCAGCCCUGAGCACAGCCUGCCUGGCUGCACAGUGCCUGGACAGGGAGAAGGCCAACGUGCUGGUGCACGGGGCAGAGGGCACAGACACCACCCUGCUGGUGACAGCGCUGGCACAGGUGAUCCUGGAGCCGUCCUGCCGCACGCUGCUGGGCUUCCAAGGGCUGCUGGAGAGGGAGUGGAUCGAGGCUGGCCACCCCUUCCACCUGCGCUGUGCCCACUCUGCCUACUCCCACGCCCGGCUGAAGCAGGAGGCACCACUCUUCCUCCUCUUCCUCGACUGCGUGUGGCAGCUGAGCCGGCAGUUCCCCUUCUCCCUGGAGUUCAGUGAACAGCUCCUCCUCACCCUCUUCGACAGUGCCUAUGCCUCUGCUUAUGGCACCUUCCUCUGCAACAACGAGAAGGAGAGGUGCCUGUGCAAAGUGAAGGAGAGCACACACUCCCUCUGGGCCUGGCUGAACCAGCCUGGGGAGAAGAAGAAGUACCUGAACCCUCUCUACACACACAACCCCUUGGUCAUCUGGCCCUCAGUCGAGCCCCAGAGCAUCCAGCUCUGGCAGGGCUUAUUCCUCCGCUGGAUCCGUUCAUCCCAGUACCUGGAUGAGGCUUGGGCAGAGAUCCAGCACCUAGUGGAGAGCAACAAGCCCCCUGUCAAGGAGAGCACAGGGAGCAGGCUGAGCCAGUCCCUCUCUGACCCCACUGCCCGGGUGGAGAAUGAAAGAUGAA